AUGUCUCUUUUACCAGGCGAAAAUUCAGACUAUGACUACAGUGCCCUGAGCUGUGCUUCGGAGGCCUCCUUCAAUCACCCUUUCUUUGCUGAAACAGAUGCGCUCAAGGGAGUCUUCUACCAGCGAGCCAAGCUAAUCCAUCCUGGGGCAGACCUUUACGAAAGCAUUCGCCCAGAAGACCGAAAACAUCACAUCAUCAUCAACGUGGGAGGGUUUAAAUACUUGCUCCCAUGGACCACCCUUGAUGAGUUCCCCAUGACCCGCUUGGGCCAGCUGAAAUUUUGCAACAACUUUGACGACAUCCUCAAUAUUUGCGAUGAUUAUGACGUGACCUGCAACGAGUUCUUUUUCGAUCGCAACCCCGGGGCGUUUAGGACCAUCUUGACUUUCCUGCGGGCAGGGAAGCUUAGGCUCUUGAGAGAGAUGUGCGCGCUUUCGUUCCAAGAGGAGCUACUGUACUGGGGGAUUGAGGAAGACAACUUGGAAUGGUGCUGUAAGAGGAGGUUCCUGCAGAAAAUGGAGGAGUUCGCGGAAAUGAACGAAGCAGAGGACGACUUCGUAGACGGAGAAAACCCUUCCGAAGCAGUGGAGGAGACGAAAGCUGGCCUCUGCAUGAAAAGGCUGCAAGACAUGGUGGGCCCACGAGUUCUUGUAUUGUGAGAGGUGUUUGCCUGCUUAUCAGUGCUGUUUGUGACAAUUACUGCUGUUAACUUGUCUAUCAGCACCAUGCCUGGCUUAAGGGAAGAGGAGGAGAGAGGUGAAUGUUCUCAGAUGUGCUACAACAUUUUCAUAGUGGAAUCUGUCUGUGUGGGAUGGUUUUCCUUGGAGUUCCUUCUGAGGCUCAUCCAGGCUCCAAGCAAGUUCACUUUUCUGAGGAACCCGUUAACCCUGAUUGACAUAGUGGCCAUCCUGCCCUAUUACAUCACUUUGUUAUUAGAUACCACUUCGGUGAGCAGUAACAAAAAGCCAACCUCUGGCAACAUCUACUUGGACAAAGUUGGCCUGGUGCUCCGCAUACUACGUGCCUUGAGGAUUCUGUAUGUCAUGCGACUGGCCAGACACUCCCUAGGCCUGCAGACACUGGGGCUCACUGCCCGUAGGUGCACCCGUGAGUUUGGCCUCUUGCUGCUUUUCCUUUGUGUAGCCAUUGCACUCUUUGCACCUCUCUUGUAUUUGAUUGAAAAUGAAAUGACAAACUCUCAGGAGUUCACCAGCAUCCCUGCUUGCUAUUGGUGGGCCGUGAUCACCAUGACAACAGUGGGCUAUGGGGAUAUGGUACCCAGAAGCAUCCCAGGCCAGGUGGUAGCACUAAGCAGCAUCCUGAGUGGUAUCCUUCUCAUGGCCUUUCCCGUUACAUCAAUCUUCCACACGUUUUCCCGUUCAUACAUUGAGCUAAAGCAAGAGCAGGAAAGAAUGAUGUACAGGAGGGCACAGUUCUUAAUGAAAACAAAGUCCCAGUUAACCAACGCAUCACAAGGGAGCGACAUACUUCCAAGUAUCUCUUCAGAGACCAGGGACAACCGCUGA